AUGAAGCUCUUGACUUUUGCGGAAAUGGGGCCCCUUAUGCCUGCAGACCUCGGGUGGCCAUUGCGUCAAAGCGAUACGGAAGAGCUCAUUGACCCUGAUGGCUUUGUUGAACUUUGUUACCUUCCAACCAAUGGAGAUCUUGCAACCGACGCAGAGCUGCAGGCGGUGGUGGAAGCAACAAUGACCGACCCAAGAGCGUGGGAAGAUGCUUUCAAUGCAGGUAACGGCUUUGGACAGCGACCGGCGGACUACGAAAAUGAUGUGACAAUAGCUCAUCAAAUGCAAUCAUCCAGCUCAGAACAUGACCUUGCUUCUGAUGAGAAGUUCGAUGAUUCUUGGGCUAACGAGGAGUACGACCCUUUCAGUGAAGCACUGGAUUUAUACAACGAUCCAGAUGACCCUGGCGAACAAAGUCCGAGCGACGACCAAACUUGCAAGAUUCUCCACUUGAAGCUCACGCGGUUCUUCAUUUUGCAGCCAGCUUCUCCACUGACGUGUGAGCAGACAUAUAAAGCGGGGGCGAUGGCCUUGGACUACGUCGUCAAUGACUAUUCUGGAUGCUCCUAUGCCAAUAGCAAAGUACUCGGCAGCCCUCUUGGAUUCACGUCUUGCGACUCUUGUCAGGCCGAUACACAAACCGCACUGCAAAAUUCUUGGGAGUGUCAAUGGGCUGUAUAUUUCCAGUCCAAAUUUCUAAGGGCAUCCAUCGCAUUACGUUUUCAGCACUUUGCCAGGAUUUUUGGACUCGACUUACGGUUCAAAAAGCGUGGACUCUUGUUCGAAGCACAGUCUCGUCUCCGGCAAUUCAUUGAAAACUUCAAUCAAGCUUGUCGUCAAAAUGAGUACAAAAUCUCGGAGCAGCCUACGAUAGUUCAGCAAUGCAUGUGUACGGUUGGCUUCUUGAUGGUUGCCCUCUCGUCAAGAGUUUGCAACGUCAAAGACAUUAGCCAGCGCCUCCGAAUUCAUCAAUGGCUCACGGAGGAGUUAGGAGUGUUGCCAGAGUCAGUGCAUUGCACUGAUCCUUACCAUGUUUGCGACUGUGACAAUCUCAUGCGAACCUCCUCGGAGUCUAAAGCUGCCUUGACACUUUGCCGGCUGAUGUCAGAUGAUGGGGCAAGUACCAGUCCCGAGCCACCCCCCAUCUCGUCGAUGAUUACUCGCGCUUGCAGACAUCCCGAGGUCGACAUCGUCCAGUUGCAGCGAAAGGCUGCAUCUGGUAUGGUAGCGUUGUUUGCAGCUCGCGCUGUCUAUGCUUCCUGCAUGAAGUGUGAAACUGCAGAUGGACCUAUGUACAAGUCGCCUCAAGUGCUCACUCCUGUCUCAUGCCUCGAUUUAGUUUCAAGGGAUGAUCAGGUGCUCCCAAGCUCGAGGUGA